AUGCGUCCGACCCUGGCCACAGCGUUCGCCAGGCGCUGGUGGAUGGCAGUGACUGCCAUCGUUGAGAAUCUUCUCUUCUCUGCCGUGCUGUUGGGAUGGGGAUCGCUCCUCAUCAUGCUCAAGUCAGAAGGCUUCUACUCUUACCUUUGCAACCAUGAAGACAACAGUUCCAGCUAUAAUAUGUCCCAACCCAUGGCAACGCCGGUACCCGAUGACUAUGCUGACUACUAUGAAAGUGAGGGUGGCGUGGUUGGCCUGGGAGACGGAGUGGAGAUGAGGCCCCUGGUGCCUAUGGAUGGGCCCCUGAAGAUGAACGGCUGGCUGAUUUGUAAAGAACAGGAUGAGAUGCUUAACCUGGCGUUCACAGCGGGCUCCUUCCUGCUCUCGGCCAUUACCUUGCCACUGGGGAUCGUCAUGGACAAAUACGGGCCACGCAAUCUGCGACUGCUGGGCAGCUUGUGCUUUGGAUUUUCCUGUCUACUCAUUGCUUAUGGAGCCUACAAUCCAAAUGAACUCUCCGUCCUUAUCUUCAUUGCCCUGACAUUCAAUGGCUUUGGGGGCAUGUGUAUGACCUUCACCUCUCUCACACUCCCUAACAUGUUCGGGGACCUCCGUUCCACCUUCAUCGCCCUGAUGAUCGGCUCCUAUGCCUCCUCCGCUGUCACCUUCCCUGGUGUCAAGGUGAUCUACGACCUUGGCAUAUCUUUCAUCACUAUCCUGGUGGUGUGGGCUUCCUGUGCUGGACUGGUCUUCUUGAACUGCCUCUUGAACUGGCCACUGGAGCCGUUCCCAGCACCAGAGGACAUGGACUACACUGUAAAGAUCAAGUUCAGCUGGCUGGGCUUCGACCAUAGAAUCACAGGGAAGCAGUUCUACCGCCAAGUAACCACAGUGGGCCAUCGUCUCAGUGUGGGCAACAGCCUCAAGCAGAAGGAGCUGGCCACCAAGGAUGGAAACAAGCUCUGCCUCUCCACCAUGGACCUGGAAUUGGAGUGCAAGCCAAAAGAACAGUCCCAAUCAUUCUUGAAAACCAUCAGCAGCACGAUCUUCAUGCUCAGUCUGGUGACCAUGUCUGUCACUCAGCUCCGUCUCUUGUUCUACAUGGGGGCCAUGAACAGCGUCCUGGAGUCACUCAGUGAUGGAGAUCUCAACACAGUGGAGAGAAUGGAAGUCGUGAGUCUGUACUCCUCCAUCUUCGGUGUCAUGCAGCUGCUUUGCCUGAUGACCACUCCUGUGAUUGGUCAGAUCAUGGACUGGAAGCUGAAGGACUGUGAUGAUGGAGAGGAGGAAAAGAAGCCAUGUAGCAAUGGGGAGAUGAAGAAAAAGCGCAGAGACAAAAAGACACAGAAGGUGACCAAUGCCCUGCGAGCGUUCGUCCUCACAAACCUCCUUUUAGUGGGAUUUGGUAUCACCUGUCUGGUGCCCAAUCUCCCCCUGCAGAUUGUGUCAUUUGUUUUACACACUGUGGUGAGAGGAUUCAUUCACUCUGCUGUUGGUGGCCUUUAUGCUGCUGUGUAUCCCUCCUCCCAGUUUGGCAGUCUAACAGGCAUGCAGUCUCUGGUCAGCGCUGUGUUUGCUUUACUGCAGCAACCCCUGUUUCUGGCUAUGAUGGGACCCCUGCAGGGAGACCCAUUCUGGGUCAAUAUUGGACUCUUUGCUCUCAGUAUGCUGGGAUUCUUACUGCCUCUCUACCUGAUCUGCUACAGACGGAUGCUGGACAGACAGCAACAGGAGAGGGAAGACAACGCUAAGAUCUACUUAAAAAUCAACGACAGCGACAUCCCUGAGGCCUACGUCUAGAGAAAAAGAAAGGAAAGCCGAGGAUGAAGAAAUACUUUUUUACUGAGAAACAUUUAAGCAAUCUAGUAAUAUGUGCAUACAUAUGCAUGGAAAAGGACAACUAAUCUUUACUGUUUAGAAUAUAAUAUUUCAACCUACUGCGUAAUUGUUAUAGGUGUCCAUCGAGUAUACACACAAACAGAAUCCCACCGAGAUAAACUGAUGCUGCGGUUGUCACACAAACGAUUCAGUUAGACAGUGAAAGUGAAAACGUGGAGGGGAAGAAGAAAAACAAGAGGAAAGACUGUGAAAGGAAAGAGGCAUGAGCCCUCUGUAUUCCCCCCAAUCCUCUGACUUCUCUUUGUAUUCCCUCCUCUCUGAAUGGCACAUUAGUGCAGCUUCAUUCCUCAUAAGACUGCUUGAAUAUUUCACAUAUGAGCGGAAACAUAAACAGCAGAGUUUGUUGGCACAGACUGCUAAACGUCACCAUUAUUAGUAAGUGACACCAAUCAGAGUAAUCGUUUAUUACGUUGACUUUAAAUCAUCCUGAUUGUGAAUCCCAUAAUGUGGUGUUACCUGUCUAUUCUUCAGAGGGAUUGUUUUUGAUAGAUGGUGUAAGACAAGUGUGGACUAAAAAGCAUUCAUGAGCGACAGCGAGGAGAGAAGAGCCUUAUUGCUUAUGUUUCUCGGACGAGUAGAAAAGAGACUCAUUAUGAUUAAUUAUGGGGCUGGAUUUUUCAGGCUAAUAUCUUAUUAUAGUAUAAAACUACUGUAGCUUAGAAUAUACUGGAGUAUUGGAUGAAGGUCAGUGUUUUUCCAUGGGCAGUAUUCUGUAAGAAGGGCGUCAAACAAACUGCGGUAUGUUUUGCUAAAAGCAAAAUGUUAGUGUACGUUUAGAGUAUUUAUUUUAUUGCCUGCUUUAUUUAGUUUUCUUUUUAUACUUUAAGUUCACCAGGGGUGUCUUUUGAAUAUACAUUCACGUAACAGUGGAGAGUUGUUCAUUGGGCAGUAUGUUCUGUUGAACUUUUUACACAUAUCAGUGAAAAUAGUUUCCUCUUUGCAUUACAUGGUGACACCAUUAAUACUGCAUGUUCUCAAAUAAGUGUAUCAUUCAGAUACUUUAUCUUACAUAAAGUCUGUAUUUCAUUCAGUCUGUCUACCUACUGUUCAGCACUUUAUCCCCUGUUAACCCCUUUCAAUUCCACACACAUCAGCUCAGUUCAGCACUUCUCUCCUGAUGCCUCUCUAGACAAACAGUCCCACUUUGAUUUUGAGGUCCUCCUACCUUCAUACGUGUAUUUAUUUCCUUUUACACUCACUUUUCCCUAAUACAUUUCAUCGUGUAUUUAAAUUGUGCUGUGCUGGCAAUGACUCAUAUGUCUCAUAUACUGUGUUGUUCGCGUAUAGCUAUUUCUUCUACUGUUGAAGAUGAUGCAGAGAUGUUUUGUUGUGCAGGCGUUUCUUUUUAAAUAUGGAAGAAUUUGUGGAGGUUAAUAAAAAUGAGUUGAUCUCUUUUUCA